AUGGGAAAGUCAAAGAACAACAAGAAAGUGGCAAUCGCUGCUAAACGUGUUAAUUCUACUGCUCUUACUCAGGGUCGCAUCAGUUUUUUGCAAAAAAGCCAAGCCAAAACAGUUUACGAUGAUGACGGUGACAUGGCGACUGAAAAGGCCUCCAGCACAAGCGCACUAUCCAUUCCAAUGGUGGUUCUCCAAGAUACUGAGGAGGAUAUCCCUUUCCAGAAGCCUGAUAAAAUGGCCCAACAGCUUUUCUCCUUUUUUACCUUUGGUGGCAAGAAUGGAAUUGUUGACAGACGUGAGGCCCCUCUUUGGAAGCAUGGAAGCCCUGCAACGCCUUGUAAGGUAUCAAGGCUUGCUGAGACGGCCGGACCUUGGGAGCAUGUGUCCCUUUUGACGAUCAUAAUAUGUUCUGCCAAUUUGAUGCCCUCUCCUGUUCCGACUCCUUGCAACAAUCCAACCCUUGGCAAGGACCUAUUGUAA